AAUGGACAGAAGAAGAAGAACACUGCCGUAAUUCUACAAGAAGAAGAAGAACACGACGACGACAGUUCAUAUUUAACCGAGCUAAACACCGGAGCAGUCAGCGAAGAGAAGCCGUUAGUUGGAUCCAAAUAACGGCAGAAACCCCUGGAGGAGUUCGUCCGUUAAUCAGAUAUGGGCCGACACCGGAAACAGCUGGAGGUGGUUUUAAAACCGGAAACGAAGCUGCGAGGAGUUUUACCUUCAGAUGUCCAGAUGGUGAUUGUUGGUGAAGAAUAUCAGCAGGAGUGGAGCUCCAGUCUGGCCCAGGUGGACACAAAGCCCCCACACAUUAAAGAGGAACAGGAGGACCUCUCAACCAGUCAGGAUGGAGAGCAGCUUCAAGGGCUGGAGGAGGCGGUUAUCACCAAGUUUCCAGUCAGUGUCCCUGUGAAGAGUGAAGAUGAUGAAGAGAAACCUCAGUUCACACAGCUUCAUCAAAGACAAACUGAACAGAUGAAAACCGAAGCUGAUGGAGAGGACUGUGAAGGUCCGGAACCAGCCAGGAACUCUGAUUCAGAUAAUUAUUUACAACCAGAUACUAAUGACCAGACUGGAGAUUCGUCUGAAGCGGAGACUGAUGACAGUGCUGAUUGGGAGGAGACUAGAGAACCUCAGUCAGAUUUAAACUCUCUAAAUAAUGAUGCAGACCCUGUCAGUGAUUCAAGAUGUAGUACUGGUGAAAAAGAGUGUGGAGAAAAAUUUGGCACCAGUGGACAUCCGAAGAGACAAUUGAAAACGCAUGCAGGAAGGAAACCAUUUAGCUGCUCAUUCUGUAAGAAAGCUUUUAGACAGAGUGAAGAUUUACAUAGACACAUGAGAAUCCACACAGGGGAGAAACCAUUUAGCUGCUCCGUCUGUAAGAAAGCUUUUGCAGUGAGUGGAAGUUUACAUAGACAUAUGAGAACCCACACUGGAGAGAAACCAUUUAGCUGCUCCAUUUGCAAGAAAGCUUUUACACGUAGUGGAAGUUUACAGACACACAUGAGAAUCCACACAGGAGAGAAAGCAUUCAGCUGCUCCAUCUGUAAGAAAGCUUUUACAGAGAGUGGAAGUUUACAUAGACACAUGAGAAUCCACACAGGAGAGAAACCUUUUAGCUGCUCAGUCUGUAAGAAAGCUUUUACAGUGAGUGGAAAUUUACAGAAACACAUGAGAAUCCACACAGGCGAGAAACCAUUUAGUUGCUCCAUCUGUAAGAAAGCUUUUACAGAGAGUGGAAGUUUACAGACACACAUGAGAAGCCACACAGGAGAGAAACCUUUCAGCUGCUCAAUAUGUAAGAAAGCUUUUACAAUGAGUGGACAUUUACAGAGACACAAGAGAAUUCAUACAGGAGAGAAACCAUUUAGCUGCUCAGUCUGUAAAAAAGCUUUUAGAGUAAGUGGACAUUUAAAGGCACACAUGAUGACCCAUACAAGAGAGAAACAAUUUAGCGGUGUGAAGUGGAGCUCCACUCUGGAAGGAGAGCAGAAAAACUCCAGUCAGGUUUAAACUCUUUAAACACUCUGAAAAUGAAGAAAUUCUUUAAGGUGAUAUAUGUUAUUAUAUGUGGCUCCUUAAAAUGUUGUAAAAAGCCAGAAAUCCAAUAAUUAGAAUUUUAGGAUUUAAAUUCUCUUAAAUAUGUUUUUGACAGUUCUUAAAAACAAAUUGGAUUAUGAAGUUAAUUACUUCAUACUAUUUAAGUAUUUUAAUACUUUGUCUAUUGGGAUCCAUGUAACUCCAAUGAUUAUCUUAUACAUUUUUUGCAACUUAAACUGGACUUGAGAAAUGAAACCGCCAUUCCAUGCAAGGGCUCUAAAAAUGGCAGCUGUUCUUAAGUCACAAGGAAGAGCCACCCAAUUCAGUCUCCCAGCAGACUCAAAUACCUCUUUCACUGCUGGUAUACAGAUGGACUAGUGUAUGUGAUGUUAGCUGCUCACUGAAUAUGAAGUGAAAUCCCCGCCAAUUUCUAGCACUUACGGUUAAGUGCUUAAUUAUUAUGCAUUGCUCCCGGGUUGACCCAGGUGAUCUCUGAAUUGUCAUGACCAAGAGAUAACCCCAUGUAGAUUGGCUUUGUUUGAAUUUCCAAAAGGAGGGUUGAACCCUGGUCAAACAACAUUAGCCCGACCCUGGUAUGUGGUGUGAAAGAGGUAUACGCAGACCUGCCAACCUCGCAGUAGUUUUGCGUAGUAGAUAUGCAUUUUGACAUAAAAAUACAGUGAUACGAUUAUUACUUCAGGUGACUGCUUUGAGUUCACUUGUUGAUGUGCAGUAGCCAUCUCAGUCUAAUUCUUGAUGGUAGUAGGCAGGCUAGCAAAAUUAUGAAUCCCACUAUGGCCACGCCAAGACCCGCCCUACGAAGCAGCUUGAUUGGUUGGGAUUAGGCAUUUCACCUUGAGUGGUUAAGGUUAGGAUAGCCGAUUGGUCAGGGGAUAGGACCUGAACAAAUGGGGUUACGGUACCUUGCGUUCCCAUGGACGCCUGGUCAAUAAAUGCUAUUGAAGGGCGGGUCUUGGUGUGGCCAUAGUGGAAUUCGUAAUAUCGCAGGCGGCUAAAACCUAUGGCUAAAACAGCAUAGCAGCCACGAGCGUGCUGGGAAAAAAAAAAUUAAAGGAGAAGAGUUUGACAAAUCAAACGGACUGAAGCUACCAGCUUCAACCAGCCUGCACAAUUAGGAUACAGCACAACAGAGACUGCGCCACUUGACCUCAGGACCACAACUCCCUCAGCCCUCACAUGUAUUGAUUUGAUUUAAUGCCAUCAAGACCUACGUUGUUGUUAUGUUUGUUUAGUCAAGUAAUCGGAAAGCCUCGCUGCUAAGUUGAUGUUAGUUUAUGCUUCACAACAACUAAGUCUUGCACCUCCUCCUUCCUAACCUGGUGCCUUAACUUACACCGAUUUGACUUAAAACAUCCAUCCAUACGUACACACUUUAAAGCAGCUACAAGGAACUUUCAGUUUGUGUUGAUGCUAGCGACCCCUUUGGGCAAAAUCGGUAGUGUUUUUACCACACCUGCUGUCGUAAAGAUCUUUUCUAGCGCAUACCGACUGGUGCCGUAAUGUAAUAUCCACGGGAGGAAGGCAUAUAUUAUCAUUCAUUCAUUUACAAUAAGAGAAUAUGUUACUGAUGCAUCGUUGCAUUUCAAGUGUUAUAUGGUAACUUUUACUGUCACUGUGUCACAAGCCAAUUUUAAGCAAGAGUGUGUUUUAGCAACCAACGUAAUUAUAAUAACUUGUAUUAAUAAAGCACCUUUCAUGUAA